CAACACACUCUACACCCUGCUGUAUGCAUGCAAUCAUAUCACCAUCUCUCAUGCCAACGACAUAAUCCUGCUGCGAUGUAAACUUCACGACUGCUUGGCUUCACGAUCGAUUCAGCACACUUCCCACUAGAGCGUUGUCGGCGUCGAUCUCUUGCUGCUCAGCUGCUUUCUCUUCCGAAUCACUCCUCCACCGUACAUACACCCUACUCCAGCAACAAGCGCCACUGUCGUAACGAGUUUGGUACUGCGUGCGUCUCGACGCUCGUAGCUCGUUCACGCUAUGGCUAUCAACCACCAAGAUGCCUCGAUCUUCGAUGCUUCAGCAUCACCACAACCACAACCCCUCACGAAACGCGACGUCCGACGAAAUCGCAUCAUGGAGAAGUUGCAGGCGAUGGUGGAUGGCUUUGCGACCAACCAGAAUCAGCAUUACAGAGCACAAUUGCAAGGCGUCCAGGUCGAUAUGACAUUGGUGCUUCGUGCGGAACCCUACGCUGAAGGGGCGCUUCCAGACAGCCAUGAAGAGAUCAGGGAGCUGGUGGAGGCAGUCAUGCAGUCGGAUGCUUCGGGCAACGGAGGUGUGACAUUGCCAGACGACGAGAAUGUCAAGACUGAUUUUUGGGCGACGGCUGGAAAACGAUACGGCGAGUUCGCACGAGAGGUCAAUGAUGCUAUUGAGAAGCGUGAUGCGGAUCUCACACUGCUCCACAACAAUCACGAAGCAGCGCUGCAAGAGUUGGACCGACUGCAUCAGCAACGCCUUCGGCAAGCCGAAGAAGAGCAUCGCGAGCUGUCCAAUACCAUUCGCCAACGACUAAUCGGCACAUUGAACAAAAAGCGACAGCAGCUAUUACGAGACAAAGACCAGCUCGACAUUUCUGACAGCAACGCCAUGCUGCUCCAUCCAAACCACUUCAGCAUCAACAACAAUCGUGCUUCCCCGAGCCACAAUGGCUUGGGCGUGAACAAGCGAACACGACAUCUCAGACACCAUCGCGGAGCGAGUCCAGCACCUGCAGGUGCUGACAGUGAGAGCAGCAAGAGAAAGCGCAAAUUGGGAGCCGAAGACGACAAUGGCAACGAGUCGCCCAUACCAAAUUUUGGAGGCAGAAGUCCUUUCAAGGAAGCGAAGAGCACGCGAGAGUAUGCGCAAUUCGAGGCACCAGCAUACAGCCUGGAGAGGUUGUUCACCGAGAAAGAGCUUGCUCUGGCAACUGAUUUGGCAAAGAAGGCAACAUACAAAUACUUUUAUCAGAAAGAGCAGGAACCUUCGUCGAAUGGUAACGGCACUGCAGUACCAUCAUUGGACGGCGAGGUCGUGGAGUCGGGCGAAGGCCAAGCGGACGAGACCAUGGCAGACGCGAACGGGACAAACACACCUCCACCCUCAGAACCACCAGCAGCAGUUGGCAUGGAGCGCCAGACUUCACAUCAAGUUCUCACGAGAGGCGGAGCCAAGGCGAAUCCUCUGGCAGCCUUGUCAGAUCUUGCCAACGCCGCUGCCGCAGCUUCAUCUACAGAGCCUGUGGUUAGGAAGAAUCCGUUCACACCCGAACAGCCUAGCUUCCACGCGACGUCAAGAGCAGAGAAAUCUGGAGCUCCACAGCCUCCUCCUGUCAGCAGUCUUGACAUGGAAAAUGACUUCAACAUGAUGCGCGACGCAGGAGCGGACCAUUAUCUUCCUGACCAAGAUGGAGAUGUGGAAAUGGACACUUUGGCAGCAGACGAAGCGAAAGAACUGCGACGAAGGCUCCUUGAUCAGGCACUUGGUGUCUCAGGAGUACAAGCACCAUACCGUUUACCACAAUUAGAGCCAGGUCCGGGCGCCAUGAUUGGACGCGGCGUAGACAGAGAGCCGAGGACUGGCUUCGCCCCUGUACAGCCUGUCGUGGUGCGAAUAGAGUCAAGAUUGAAGAACAACGCAACAGAGGCUGCAGCCCAUGCAGCCGGCGGUGCCAUGGCAGCAGCUUUGAACAACAGAUUAGGUGCUGAGCCGAUGAGCCGGACGACGAGCGCUGGUGGUUUCAGCGAGAUGGGCGAGCCUGCAGCUCCUAGGGGAAGAGGUGGACGAGGGAGAUUGGUUUGAUGAUUGUUGAUGUUGUGUUUAUUUGCUUCGAGCGUGGGCGUUCGGCAGGCUUGAGGAACGAGUUGGACGUGAGCAUGAUAUGCCGUCCCUGCGCAUGAGCGCAGUUUACAUCUUGAUUUAAGCAACUUGCGAAAAGGACAAGAGGAAGCAAUGCAAUGCUACUCACAAUUACCACGAGUUUCCAAAAUCUUCGACAGUAAUAAAGCUACCUCCGAGACUUGCAGAUAGUUCUCUUGUCUUUGGGAGUUCCUGAUACUUUUUGUCGAUUGCUCUUCGAC